CCUCUGCUCGACCGCCUCUCUCUCUGCUCGACCGUUCUUCAAUCUCUCGUCCCAGUUGCAAAUUUGGGGGUUUCUCUUUUGAGAUCGCAGAACCCAAUUUCUUUGCUGAAAUUCGAGGUCAGUUUUCUUGGAUUUUCAGCAGUGGAAAGCAGAAUCCAUUUGCUCCAACAGUGGUAGGGAUAUACAAUUUUCUUUCGGAAGAGAAUUACAAGAUGGAGCUUGCACAUCGAAGAUGGAUGUAUAAUCGAACUUAUCCUAAUCGUAGUGGGUUGAGGGAGGAAUUUAUAGAAGGGGUUGCCGAAUUCAUGGCUAAAACAAAAACACUUCAUGAAUUUCUCAGUGAAGGGGUGAUUAGGUGUCCUUGUAUGAAAUGCAAAUGCGGAAAGUUAUUACAACCAGAUGUUGUUAAAGUUCAUCUUUAUAAAAAAGGGUUUAUGGAAAAUUAUUACGUGUGGACUAUUCAUGGAGAGGAUGUUGCUAGUGUUGGUAACGUCGAUUUUCAAAAGUUUUUUGAUAGUGAGGGUAGUCCAUUAGCAGAGAAUAAUGCUGAAAAUUCUCGAUUCAGUGAAAUGGUUAGGGAUGCUUUUGUGAUGCACCCGGGGGCUCAGUCUGAACCAAAUGAUGAUGCUAGGCGCUUCUAUGAACAGUUAGAGGAAGCAAGUCGUCCAUUGUAUAAAGGCUCAAUGCAUUCUAAGUUGUCUGUCGCAGUUAGAUUAUUAAGUAUUAAAUCAGAUUCAAGUAUUUCUCAAGCGGGCAUGGACUCUAUCAUUGGCCUUAUGAAUGAACUUAAUCCGAAUAAAAUUGACCUACCCAAAGAUUUCUACACAGCAAAGAAAUUGGUUUCUAAGUUAGGACUUUCAUCAGAGAGGAUUGACUGUUGUGAGAAAGGUUGCAUGUUAUUCUAUAAGGAUGAUGCAGCCUUAGAGAAUUGCAAAUUUUGUAACCAACCUCGUUACAAGAAAGCCAUAAAUUCAAAAAAGAAGAAGGUUCCAGUUAAGGCGAUGCAUUACUUACCCCUUAUACCUAGGUUAAAGAGGUUGUAUGCAUCAAUGAGCUCUGCUCCUCAUAUGAGAUGGCACUAUAAAAAUAGAAGGCCACCUGGUAUUUUGUGUCAUCCGUCAGAUGGAGAAGCAUGGAAGCAUUUUGAUAGGUUGUUUCCGGAUUUUGCUAGUGAACCUACGGUCUUGGAUCACAAUAUUCUGUAGGUCGUUCUACGACAUUGUUGUCUGGUGAUGCGAGUUAUUCGCAAGAUCACGAAGAGGUGGAAGCAUUACGAAAGAAGUUGAAGAGUUGAAGGAGGAACGGAAAGAAGAUCGCGCAAAUUUUAACAAAUUGCAGAGUCUAGUGGAGAAAUUUAUGAGCGGGCGUCCAUUUGGUCCUUCGAAUGGCGAGGAUGGCGGGGAUAAUGAGUUUUAGUUUGUUAUGGUUAUUGAUGUUUGAGACAUUAUUAUUUGUUGUAGUUGGAUGUUUAGAAUUGGUAAUAUUUACACUUGACUAUAAUUGUAAUAUUUUAGACUAGAUUGAAUGGUGCCACAAUGUUUAACUCUUUUUGGAUGUUUUAGUUACAAAUAUUUAUGUUUUGCAUUUUA